AUGCAACACCCUCCACCCCAGGUCCCCGAUGUACAGCAGGAGGAGUCCCGUAUCCAGCUGACCCUGGGGGACUUCUCCGCUGCCAGCCUGCACUUGCGACAGGUCCUCUCCCAGACCAGGGUGCCAGCCAGCCAGAGGCACAAGGUGAAGCAGCAGUUGCACAGAGCACUGAAGGGGGAGCGGCUGCUAAAGGCUCUGUCGGCAGAGCCAGCCACUCACUACGCCAGCCGCCUGCGCCUCUGUGAGGAACUGGGGGACCUCUGCUGCUCUGUCCACUGCUAUCAGAAGGGAGUGGAGUACUACCAGCAACAGCUGGCCUGUGCGGAGAUGCUGAGCUGUCCAGACAAGGAGAUGGCAGUGAUUCACUACUCCCUGGCCCGCACCUACCACGACCUGCACGAUUAUCGACGGGCUCUCAGUCAUUAUCAGAGGGAGCUGGAGCUUCAGAAGGGAAAUGAUCAGGAGGAGUGCAAGACGUGGCUGCACAUCGCGGCAGCCCAGCAGAAGCUGGGGACGGACUGGACAGAGGUGGAGGGGUGCCUCCAGGCAGCCGGGCGCCACGCACAGCGAGCCGGGGAUCCCAGGCUGCAGCACAAGGUGCAGAAGGUGCUCGGCAAAAUGCAGAAGCAUGCUGAUCGUCCCUGGGAGCCGGCGCCAGGGGACACCACCGAGGAGACGGAGAGUGACAGCGAGAGCGAGAGGGAGAGUGAGGCCAGCAUGGACCUGGGUGAUGAGGAGCUCCCGGAACAACCCCACAGCCACACUGAGAAGGGGAAGGAAGUCCCAACAUGCAGACCAGGGCAGGCUGUGAGCGUGCAGAAGAUAGAAAAGCUUGAGAACACGUACCACCAGGCUCAGGGACAGCUUCUAUCCUGCUGUUAUAAGACCAUGAAACGGAUCUCUCACACGAAGUGGAAGCGAAAUGCGAAGGGGGAGACCCCGCUGCACCGGGCCUGUAUCAGGGGGGACACCCAGCAGGCACAGUCCCUCAUCCAGCAGGGCCACCCGCUGGCCGAGCGGGACAAUGCUGGCUGGACCCCGCUGCACGAGGCCUGUAACCACGGCUGGCUGAAGAUUGUGACCCUGCUGCUGGACAGCGGAGCAGCUAUUAACAGCGAGGAGGACAGCCUGUGUGGCGGCACCACCGUCCUUCACGAUGCCCUCACCAACGGCUGCCUGGACAUCGCUCAGCUCCUCAUCGACAGGGGGGCAUUGACCAAAGACAGAGAUAAUAAGGGUCGCUGCCCAGCUGACUGUCUGAACACCUGGAUGAAAGGUCUGAAGCACCAGCCAAGCCCAGAGCUGAAGCAGAGGGUAUCACGGAUGCUGACGCAGCUGCAGAACCCCGUCAAUGCACAUUCCGAGCUGAGGAUCAGUAUCUCGGACGUGCGUUCCCUGGACCCGACCACCCCCCAGGCCGACCCCCAGGUCCCGGGGCCGAGUGGCUUGGGGUCCCGGAACGUGGCCUGGCGGGGGAGAGACAACUCGUUGUCCCGCAGACGCUCCUCCCAGCCGGGGGGCCGGCAGGACUGGAAGCGCAUCAGGACCGAGAGUCGCAAUUCCAGCAUGGAGGACGACGAAAGCUUCGCGCCCUCCCCUGGUCCUUCGAGGACCAGGCAGGGCACCCAGGCCCGGACCUCGGCAACCGUUCGGACCCCUCCGCCGGCUGAGGGCAGAACGGCCUCCUCGAGAGGGAGGGUGGAGGCCAAGUCGCUGGCGGCGGCUCAGGCAGAGGAGCGGCCGGACCCCGGCAGAACCCCGGAGGGCGAGUGGCUGGAGGUGGACCGGAUCGAGGAAAGACAGGCAAACAGGGGAGCCUUCCGUCCGCCGGAAGCCGCCUCCCGGAUCAACGGGCAGCCCGGAGCAGCCACACCGAGAGAGGAGACCGCCGGCACCCCCCCACCCCAUCCCUCCCGCUCACUGUUGGCGGAUGGGGUGACGAGUCAGGACCUGGGCAGCAGCAGGACCUCGGUGUCCCCCCACCCCAACACACAGGCCGGCGUGUCCCGUGCGGGCGGCUGGUGCAGCACUGCCUCGCCCGCGCUGAUCCGCGUCAGGGUCCGUGUCAAGGACAAGCUCUUCCUGGUGCCAGUGCCUCACAGACCCACGGACCCUCCCACCGUGUCCUGGCUGGCCUCCGAGGCAGCCACCCGCUACACACAGACCUGUGGCACCAGACCCCGGCUCUCCCUGACCAGCAACGGGGCCCUGCUCUCCCCCACCGACCCCCUCCUGCACGUCCUCCAGGACAACGAGGAGGUUGAGGCAGAAGUCGUGUCCUGGGACCUUGAUCCGAUCUCCACCCGGUACAAGAACGCCUGUCGGAGCCUGGGACUGGCCGAGGACCCGUCAAUCUCGAAGAUCCUGCAGCUUCAGGAGGACCAGCCGACGGUGGACCUGUGCAGCCUGUCGCUGAGCCCCGAGCGCCUGAUCCCCGUCCUGCGGGCUCUCCGGCUCCACACCGCCACCCGAGAGCUGCGGCUGUCCGCCAACCGCCUCACCGACUCCGCUGCCGAGGAGCUGCUGGAGAGCCUGCUGACCAUGCCCAACCUGACCCUGCUCGACAUCUCCUCCAAUCAGAUCACGGGCCAGGGACUAAGGAAGCUCAGCGAGGGAGCUCGGCGUCCUGGCGACACCCCCUUCCAGAGUCUGCAGGAGCUGAACCUGAGCCACAACCCACUGGGCGAGGGCAGCUCGCAGUCGGUGGCUGCGCUGAUUGCUGCCUGUCCCGUGCUGAGCACACUCCGACUCCAGGGCUGCGGUCUGACCACUCGCUUCCCGCAGGACGCGGGGCUCAACGGGGCGCUCAGGGGCUGCAGCAGGUUGGAGACCCUGGACGUGUCCGGGAACCCCCUGGGACCCCGGGGUGUACAGGCCCUGCUCCGCGCCCUCCAGCACCAGGGGCUGUCCCGGCUGGAGCUCAGCACCGUUGUCACCCACGCACAGGACGGGCCCCUCCUGGACCCACUGCUCACCUACCUGGGACAGGGUGGCUGUGUGCUGACUCAUCUCAGCCUGUCCAACAACGGUCUCACCAACGACAGCGUCACGGAACUCGCCAGCUGCCUGCCCUCCCUGCACUCGCUGGCAUUCCUGGACCUCUCCCGGAACCCGGGCAUCAGCUUUCCAGGGCUGCAGAUGCUUCUGGAGGCCUUGGACCAGAGGGAUUGUUGCCUGGAGCUCCUCGAUUUAUCAGGAUGCUCCGUCCAGCAGGAGGACGUUAGUGACAUGACGGUGAGGUGGUACCUGAGGGAACUCCGGCUGUGAGGAGUGGGCUGGGGCGUCGGGGGACCACAGGAAGGGGGGCAGCCUGGACCCCAGACACUGAACCCGCACACGUUUCACGCCACGACCAUGAGGGAUGAAGGGCUGGCACGGGAGAGGAUCCUGUCACUUGGCUGGGAUGUACACGACCUUCCCAUCCAUGUACGGGACUCUGGGAGGGGAUGAACCUGCUUGGUGACCCAGUCGCUCACUGGGAAGGUG